AUGAAUCCUGUCAAAGCUGUUACUGAUCCAGGUUAUAAACUUCAAGAAGUAGGUUUAAAAUCGAAAGAUGGUAUGGGAUUAAUAUUUCAAGUUAACGUCUUUGCACCACAUUUUUUAAUCAUGUUGCUUCUUCCUCAAUUAAAGGCAGGUAAAGCUAAAAUUAUUUGGAUAUCAAGUCUACGAUCAGAUCAAAAAUAUUUGUCCCUGCAAGAUUUGGAGUUGCUAAAGACAGAAGAGCCAUAUGAGGGGUCCAAAAGAGAAAUUGAUCUACUACAUCUAGCUACAUUCAAAGAACUAAAAGAAAUGGGCAUUACACAGUACGUUACUCAGCCAGGUAUUUUUACAAGUCAAGCAUUUUCACAAUUUCUGAACCCAUUCACAUAUUACGGGAUGCUAUUAAUGCUGUAUUUUGCCAGGCUUAUGGGAUCCACCUGGCAUACUAUAGAAGGAUAUACUGCAGCAUGUGCGCCUGUCUAUGUUGCAUUAACCUCAGAUAAAGAUUGUUUACAACAGGAUAUUAAGUACGGUUCUGCCACUUAUCGAAACGGCGAUGAAUAUGUUAAGUUACAAGAGUUAGAUAACACAGCCUGUUUGGAUGUAUAUUCUUUUAUCAGGAAGAAAGAAUUGGAAUGGAGUAAGGAAUUGUUAAAUAGCACCACAGGAGGAAGCUCGUUUUGA